AUGAGGCCGUCACCGACGCUGCUGCUCCUGCGCUCGCCCGCGCUCGCAGCGGGCGGCCACCAUCAGGGGUCUUGCUUCUCCAACCGCGCCCAAUCACGCUUCUCAGACUACACCACUUCCGCCAGUCCUACGGGGCAUCCGUCUCCUCCCCAGCUCGCCGCUGCAGUUUGCCGCCGCUGGCAGCAUAGCUCUCCAUCGUCAUCCUCGUCGUCUGCCUCCUCCACUGCAGGUCCGGCCCGCAAGCCCGUGCUCUUGCCGCGUCUGUCCACCUUCAGACCCAGCAACUCGGCUCCCUCAAAGCCGCGGAUCAUCCCGGCCACCAGCUACUCCACCGUCAACGCCAACGAGCCUCUCGUCAAAGACCGUGCCGGCCUCACUGUCGGCGUGCCCCGUGAGACCUACGCCAACGAGCGCCGCGUAGCUAUCACGCCGCAGAACGUCACGCUCCUCAAGAAAAAGGGCUUUGGUAAUGUCGUGGUUGAGCGCGGCGCCGGCGUCGAGGCCGGCUUCCUCGACGAGGCCUACGAGACUGCGGGUGCCACCUUGAUCGACCCGGGCCAGGUCUGGGGCCAGGCCGACAUCCUCCUCAAGGUCCGGGGCCCCAACCCGACCGAAAUCGACCGCAUGAAGAGCGGCGCCACCAUCAUCUCGUUCCUCCAGCCGGCGCAGAACAAGGAUCUCGUGGACCGCCUCGCCGCGCGCAACGUCACCGCCUUCGCCAUGGACAAGGUGCCGCGCAUCUCCCGUGCGCAGGUCUUUGACGCCCUCAGCUCCAUGGCCAACAUUGCCGGCUACAAGGCCGUCCUCGAGGCGUCCAACACCUUUGGUCGUUUCCUCACCGGCCAGGUCACGGCCGCGGGCAAGAUCCCUCCUUGCAAGGUCCUCGUCAUCGGUGCAGGCGUGGCCGGCCUCAGCGCAAUCGCCACCGCCCGGCGGAUGGGAGCCGUCGUGCGCGGAUUCGACACUCGCUCCGCUGCCCGUGAGCAGGUCCAGUCCCUGGGUGCUGAGUUUGUCGAGGUCGAGCUCCAGGAAGAUGGAUCUGGCGCCGGAGGCUACGCCAAAGAGAUGUCACCCGAGUUCAUCGCCGCGGAGAUGAAGCUGUUCACCGACCAGGCCCGCGAGGUUGACAUUAUCAUCACCACGGCGCUGAUUCCUGGCAAGCCUGCGCCAAAGCUCAUCACCAAGUCGAUGCUCGAAAUCAUGAAGCCUGGGUCGGUGGUGGUUGAUCUGGCUGCCGAGGCCGGUGGUAACUGCGAGAAGACCGAGCCGGGAAAGAUGAUCACAUACAAAGAUGUCAAAAUUAUCGGUUACACUGAUCUCCCCUCUCGACUCCCGACGCAGUCCUCGACUCUGUACUCGAACAACAUCGUCAAGCUCCUGCUGUCAAUGGAACCCAAGGAAAAGACAUUCGGUAUUGACCUCAAUGACGAGGUCGUGCGCGGCGCGAUCGUGACUCACGAGGGCAAGAUCCUUCCACCCGUAGUCCCAUCAAACCCUUCACCUGUCGCUGCCGCUAAGCCGGCGCCUAAAGUCGAGGAGACCGUUGUUGCCCUGACCCCAUUCCAAGCCAAGUCUCGUGAGGUGGCUACCGUCACAGCCGGCAUGGGUGGUGCCCUGGCGCUGGGCACGUUCACAGGACCUCUGUUCAUGGGCAAUAUGUUCACUUUCGCGUUGACCUCGCUGAUCGGAUAUCGUGUUGUUUGGGGUGUCACCCCGGCCUUGCACUCUCCCCUCAUGAGUGUCACCAAUGCUAUUUCUGGAAUGGUUGGCGUUGGUGGACUGUUCGUCAUGGGCGGCGGCUACAUCCCUGAGACUCUGCCACAGUGCCUUGGAGCUGCCUCAGUCCUUCUUGCCUUUGUCAACAUCUCAGGAGGUUUCGUCAUCACCAAGCGCAUGCUUGACAUGUUCAAGAGACCAACCGAUCCGCCGGAGUACCCCUGGCUGUACGCCAUUCCAGCCGCUUUGUUUGGCGGCGGGUAUAUCGCGGCGGCGGCGACUGGCGCAACGGGCCUGAUCCAGGCCGGCUACAUGGUCAGCUCGGUUCUCUGCAUCAGCUCGAUCUCCAGCCUGGCGUCGCAGUCUACUGCGCGCAUGGGAAAUCUCCUUGGCAUGCUGGGCGUCGGCUCGGGAGUGCUCGCUUCGUUGCUGGCGGUUGGCUUCAGCCCUGAAGUCCUCACCCAGUUCGGCACGCUGGCAGUGAUGGGUGGUGCCCUGGGCUUCCUCAUCGGCAAGCGCAUCACCCCAACUGACCUCCCACAGACGGUCGCAGCCCUUCACUCGGUCGUCGGUCUCGCCGCCGUGCUGACCAGCAUCGGGAGUGUCAUGGGCGAUCUCUCACACGUCACAACCCUUCACCUCGUCACCGCUUAUAUGGGGGUGCUCAUCGGUGGCAUCACCUUCACAGGCUCCAUCGUAGCGUUCAUGAAACUUGCUGGCAAGAUGUCCUCCCGACCAGUCAAGAUCCCCGCUCAGAACAUCGUCAACUCUGGCAUGCUGGCCACUAAUAUCGCAACCAUGGGGGCCUUCGUCACCAUGGCGCCUGGUUCGCCGAUGAUCGCCGCCGCGGCGCUCGGCGCAAACACGAUCCUGUCCUUUGCCAAGGGCUUCACGACCACCGCGGCCAUUGGUGGCGCAGACAUGCCCGUGGUCAUCACGGUGCUCAACGCGUACAGCGGCUUCGCCCUCGUCGCAGAGGGUUUCAUGCUGCAGAACCCGCUGCUCACCUCCGUCGGCGCGCUAAUCGGCGUCUCCGGCUCUAUCCUGUCGUACAUCAUGUGCGUGGCGAUGAACCGGUCUCUCACCAACGUGUUGUUCGGCGGAAUAUCUGCACCGAAAGAGACCGAAUACAAAGUAGAAGGCUCCAUCACGCAGACCUCGGUGGACGAGACGGCCGAGGCCCUGACCAACGCCGAGAGCGUCAUCAUCGUGGUGGGCUACGGCAUGGCGGUCGCCAAGGCGCAGUACGCGCUCAGCGAGAUCGUCACCAUGCUCCGCAGCAAGGGCAUCACCGUGCGCUUCGCGAUCCACCCGGUCGCGGGCCGCAUGCCGGGCCAGUGCAACGUACUCCUCGCCGAGGCCAGCGUGCCGUACGACAUUGUCCUCGAGAUGGACGAGAUCAACGACGAUUUCCCGGACACGGACCUCACCCUCGUCAUUGGCGCCAACGACACGGUCAACCCGAUCGCCAUGGAGCCGGGCAGUCCGAUCGCGGGCAUGCCCGUGCUGCACGCGUGGAAGUCGAAGCAGGUUAUUGUUAUGAAGAGGGGCAUGGCGAGUGGAUAUGCCGAUGUACCAAACCCAAUGUUUUACAUGCCCGGCACCAAGAUGCUGUUUGGCGAUGCCAAGGUGUCUUGUGACGCAAUCAAAGCGGCCAUCGAAUCCCGUGGCUAG